AUGGCUAGCUCUAGCAAUCCCUUGAAGGAGAGCAAGAUUACGACGCGCAAGGAAAAAGAGAGGGCGACGGAUGCGGCGCUCAACGCAGUGAGCGGUGGAGGCGGUGCGGGACCGAAGGCUAAGAAGGGGCGGAUGGAGGAUUGGUAUGGCGAGGGGGGGAAGACGGCGACGCGUGCGGCCGACGAGGCAAUUUGCCUCUACAUCGCGGGGACGCGCACGGCGGAGCGUCAGUGCGAGCACCCUCUCUUCCUCAACAUGCUGCGCGCCGUUGCUGCCGCUGGAGGCAGCUACGUCCCCCCCAAGCGUGACUACGUUGGCGGCGUCGGGCUGCAGGAGUGCAAGAGGCGAAUUGAAAAGGGGUUGGAGCCCAUUACGAAAACCCGGACGGAGACCGGCGUGACGAUUGCCAGCGACAUGAUGCGGGAUAAGAGCGGGCGCGCGCAGAUGAAUAUCAUUUGUAUCAACGACAGCGGCGCGGUUUUCCAGGAGGCGGUCGACUGUAAGGCGGAGACAAAGACUGGGGCGUUCAUCGUGAGCAUCCUACAGCCGAUCAUCGAGAAGAUUGGGCCGCAGCACGUCGUCGCUUUUUGCACGGACGGCGGCAGCAACUACGUGUCCGCCGGCAAGAAGCUGCAGAAGAUCUACCCGCAUCUCGAGAUCGUUCCCUGCGCCACUCACGUGCUCGACCUGCUGAUGGAGGACAUCGGCGGGAUGGAUUGGGCGCAGGAUGUCGUCCCUGUUGCGAGCGACAUCAUCUCGUUCGUGCGCAGCCACACGUGGGCGCGCGCCUUCCUGCGGUGUCCCGAGCUGCACGGCGAGGAGAAGUCGCUGCAGCCGCUGCGCCCGGCGGGCACGCGCUUUGGGACAAACUACAUUGCUGUGUCGCGGCUGCUCAAGAUUCGUUCACAUCUGACGCAGAUGGUGACGCACAAGGACUGGGAGGAAAAGGGAGGUAGCACGCAGACUGGAAAGACAUUUGCGACGUCGGUGUUGAAUGUGGAGUGGUGGAAGAAGGCGGAGACAUUCGUGAAGGUGAUGGAGCUGCCCUACAAGGUGAUGAGGCGGACUGAUGGGGAGGCGAAGGGGAGGAUGGGUGAGUUGUACGACAUCAUGCUGCAGCUGACGGAGGACUUGCGGGAGCUGUUGGAGAAGGAUGAUUGUGGGCUCAAGAGGGCGGAUAAGGAGGGGGUGAAGGAGCACUUGAGGCGGCGUUGGGACGAGAGCUUGGCCUGCCCCCUUCACGUGGUUGGCCGGAUUCUGAACCCGGCCAACCAGGAGGAGGGGAUCUACCACAAGGACGGCGAGUGCACCAGGGUGAUGAAGGCGUGGCUCCAGCGCUCGAAGGCAUUCGUCGACAAGUAUUGGAAGAGCGGCGGCGACACUAAGGGGACGAUGAAGGCGCUGCAGGAGGGGAUGCUUGCGUUCAUUGAGGGCAAGGGGUGCUUCGGGUCUGAGGAGGCAACAGAGGAGCGGGCGGAUAUUAAGGCCGGGAAGGGGGAAAUGGUGACGUGGUGGAAGGUGAACGGCUGGGAGUACCGCGACCUGGCUGGCCUUGCGUGCCGGGCGCUUUCACAGCCCGUCUCCGCUUCAGCAUGCGAGCGCAGAUGGUCCACGUGGGAUGGCGUGCACACGGCGCGCAGGAACAGGUUGGGUUCGGAGAAGGUCCGCGACCUUGUGUUCGUUGCGCACAACUGA